AUGUCAGACGAGAAUUGUACCAAUAACAACGAUGGCGAUAACAGCAAGAAGGCUGUGAUUUCUUCUUCGUUUCCAUCUUCUCCCCUUCACGACAGCAGGUUAGAUGAAAACGGCAAAAAUAAAAGCAAAAUUUAUUGCACGCGUUGCCCGAGUCUUAUUCUUACCCCGGGAAAUGGAGGAUACGUUCGGAAAAAGUUUUCUCUUCCAUCUGACAAAGAUAAGAAAACUCACCCAGAGUUAGAAAUAGACGAAAAAGAUGUGACUGAAGAGACCUCACAUGACUGCUGGAUGAUUGAAAACAUGUAUGCUUUUGAAAACAUUGGAUUUUCUAACACUGUUGGGACAAUAAAAUACCUUGUUUGUGCUGAUUGUGAAUCUGGACCAGUCGGUUGGCAUGACCUUAGCAAUGGAGGCAAAGCUUGUUUCUUAUCUUGGGACCGUGUGCGGCAUUCAGAUUCUAACUAA